AUGAGACAAAUGAAAAAUAAAAAUGCUUUUAUGUAUGAAACAAUUCGACCAAAAGUUGUGCAUACUGCUGUAAAAUAUUUGGUUGAGCAAGAGCUGUAUAAAGAUGAAGGAAUUGUGAUAUCUCAUGAUUGGCUGAAAGAAUAUUCUAACGAGAGAGAGAAUUUUAUCAUCGAUGAUGAAGAUAAGAAAUUCGAUGAAAAUGAAAACAUCAGCAAAGAUUUUGAUACCGAGGACAAAUGGAAUGAAUGUGACGAUAAACCAGUCAAUCCAAGUACUACUGAAACAUUAUUAAAUGACGAGAUUGGUGAUCAGAAUGAUAUUGGUAUCAAAUUUGCUCCAGGAGAGAAUAACAGGCCGAUAUCGAUUUUAAUGGAUUUAAAAGUCGAUGAAUUAACAUUUCCGAAAAUUUAUUGUGGCAAGCAAAGAAAAAUCAAAGCGAAUGUUAAAUUAACUUAUGCUAAGAUUGCCAAGUCAGAAUUAAGAAUGUUUGAUCGAAGAUGUGGCAGAAUAUCGAAAUUGUUUUUCACAUAUAAGAAACUACAAACGAGAAAGUUCUCCGAUGCUAUUUCAAUAAAUUUGAGAAAGACAAAAAGUACAAAAAACAUAACUGUUGCACAAAUGCUUAAUCGAGCUUAUGUCAAUGGAUUGAUUCAUAAUGAUGAUGCUUUUACAUUCUUGAGAUGUGAUCGAUCUUCACCAGCGUUCUGGGAACUCAAGAAAAAGGAAGUUAUGGCGAUGAUCAGACAGUUAGGAUGUCCAACACUAUUUUUAACAUUAUCAGCAGCAGAAACAAAGUGGUC